UUAACCUAGAAAAACAAAGUUACUUCAUACAUAACAAAGAUCCUGAUAACUGGUUUUAAACAACAGAACUAAAUCUACCUUGAAUCAUAGAUCAAAGAAGCAACUUGCUGGCUUUACCUUAUAGUGACAAUGGAUCACUGGGCCUGUCUUUUGUUUAUGCAUCUCGUAUUGUUGGUAGGUAUACAACUUGUGAACACAACAGGUCAAGCUUGUUUAUAAAGCUAUGUUGUAUCUGUAGAAUCAGCUGAACGUAAAUUGAGUAUAAAGAAAAGCUAACUGAUUGAAGGAAUAUACCUUUAUGUUCCCACUGAUGCCACAAUUAUGAGCUAGUCUAGCCGUCUGAAAACUAAUUAUUAAUAAAACCGUCUUUGAGUUCUAGAAUUUGCUGGUCAAGAACAAUAAAGUAUUAGAAGGCUUUUGCAUAUGAUGAUGAUGGCAUAGGUAUGUGAUCAACAAGAAGAUGAAAGUGGAAACAUUGACUUGUUAGCAUUCAAAUGCAAUGAUUGAAUACAUAUCUUGGGCAAAAUGAAGGCAGGGCCGGCUGGUUUAUUUGCUUAAUUUAAUGUGACUUGACUUUGUUCAAAAAGGACAACAGGCUAGUGGUUGUUAUUAUUAUUAUUAUUAUUUAUUUAUUUAUUUAUGGCCCCUGAAUAGAAAGCGAAUACCUGUGCAAUAACGUGAUUAAUGUAUAUUCGAGCUUCUUGUAAUCAAAUGAUUUAUGACAGGUAUAAUACCAGUGGUAUAUUAAGUUGUGAUCAUUUUGGACUAAGAUCCGGUUGAGUCAGCAGCAAUAUGGACAAUGAGGAUUCAAAUAGCUGAUCCAACUUGCAUAGAAUUGAGCAUAGUAGGAGUUGUUGCUCUUUAUAUCAAGUUGUGAUCAAGUUUAGAGUCUGCUGUCUUAGUUUGCUUUAGCAAAAUAAUUCUUUUUGGCGCAUCUAGUGAUCUUACUUUUCUGGGUAAAAUAUUUAUUCCUUGAGUUAUUAUGAUGGACGGCACCUUUAUAAGCAGUUGCAUCUUAGUUUCUUGCAAGACUGUAUAAAACAGAAAUUACACGCUAGACCAGCUCAAUCAAGCAAGGUCAACAGUUGAUGAUACAAUACAUACCGUCUUAGAGAAUGAUAUGAAUAGACAUUUUGAAACUUCCCGUUUAUGCUAAUUGUUUAAUAGUUAAAUGUGGAAAGCCCUAAUGGUUGUUAAAUGAAAAUGUCGUUUAACUAGAUUAUUGUUUCAUUUCGUAAGUGGUCUGCAUCAAUGUGGUGGCUUCAUAUUGUCAAUGACAUAUGAUGUUUGACUUUACAUUGAAGAAUAUUUUGUGUUUUCACUUGAAUUACACUGGCCAUAAGGGCAUGUACCUCAACUUUCUCAGCUGCCAUUGGGUGACUCUGAGACAAUAGCAUACCAUGGGUGAUUUUCCACUUAUCUUUUUCAUAAGUUCCAUCAUUUUAGCUUCAAAGGUCUAUGCCCAACAAAAUUAUUCAGGCAAUACUGUCAUGAGUUGUAAAGGAACCAAUGAAACAGGAACUACUGCUUCUUUUCUCUAUUCUUGCAAUGGUGAAAAGUUCUCCUGUCGAUCAUUCGUGAUUUUUAGAUCAGAUUCUCCUUAUAAUACUGUUUCUUACAUCUCAAAACUCCUAUCUUCGAACCCUGAUGAGAUUGUCCACAUCAACAAUAUUUCAAGGUUUAAAAUAUUGGAUCAGAACCAAGAAGUUAUAGUUCCAGUAAAUUGUUCAUGUUCAGGUCAGUACUAUCAGGCUGACACCUCUUAUGUUAUACCAAGCAAAUAUGAUACCUAUUUUCGCAUCGCAACCAGCACGUAUCAGGGGUUAUCUACUUGCAGUGCUGUUAUGCAUGAAAAUGUCUACAAUGCACUGGAUCUGUUUCCAGGUCUAAAUUUGCGGGUACCACUCAGAUGUGCCUGUCCUACAAGGGAUCAGUCAAGAAAUGGUGUGAAAUAUUUGGUGACUCAUUUGGUUACAUGGGGAGACAACGUUUCUAGCAUUAGCGCGCAGUUCAGUGUCAGUAGUCAAAGUACAGCAUAUGCAAAUGGAUUAUCUGAAAAUUCAGUUCUUUAUCCUUUCACAACAGUACUGAUUCCUCUGCCAAAAGAACCUUCAAGCUCCGAAACAAGGACAAUUAAGAGAGAACACACUGAAACUUCUUACCCUUCUAGGCACAAAAUAUCAUACGGCAGUCUUUUCAUUGGAGUCGGAACUGGUGUUUCCCUUGCAGUCCUCUGUUUUAUCUUGUUCAUUGUCUUAAAACAUAAAAAGGAAAAUGGAAGAGGUGAAAUACUUGGGAACAGAAGACAAGGGAAACAAAAAAGGAACUUGCCAGAACAUGUCCUGGAAAGUAUAGUUGGUGAAGGUCAAAUGAUCAAAGUUUAUGAAUUUGAAGAACUGCUGGCUGCAACUGAAAACUUCAGCUCGCGAAAAAAAUUUGGUCAUUGUGUUUAUAAAGGGGUCCUUCGAGGAAAACUGAUGGCCAUCAAGGAGAUGAGCACAGACAUAUCAAAGGAGGUUAAAUUUCUUGCAAAGAUCAACCAUUUCAAUUUAAUUAGCCUCGCUGGUUUCUGUAAGCAUCAUCAACUAUCCUAUCUUGUUUUCGAGUUCAUGGAAAAUGGAUCUUUAAAAGAAUGGCUUUUCAAGGAUGAUAACCCCGAGGCUCAGAGCUGGAACUGCAGAAUUCGUAUUGCCUUAGAUAUCGCUGAUGGUCUAGAUUAUAUUCAUAACUUCACAGCUCCAGCUUAUGUGCACAAUAACAUAAGCAGUAACAGUAUCUUACUUAACAGACAUCUAAGGGCCAAGAUUUCAAAUUUUAGCCUGGCGCGGUCAGCUAACAAUGAGGGAAAGGUAACUUCAUCUAUGAAAUUCAUCGAGGGAAACAAUGGUUACAUGGCACCAGAGUACAUUGAAACUGGUCAGGUUACUCCCAAGAUAGAUAUCUAUGCAUUUGGAAUCGUUUUGUUGGAGAUAAUUACAGGAAAAGGGGCUGUUUUUGAGCAGGAUGGAAAAGAAGUACUCCUGUCAGAGACGGUGCUUGAAAGUAUGGAUGAAGAAUCUAAAAUUCAAGAACUCACAGAUCCAAGGCUACAAGUUAAGCACCCUCUUGGUUACAUAAUUCAACAGACUGAUCUCGUUCUUCGAUUGGUGAGAUUAUGUGCAGCAUGCUUGACGAUGGAACCUGAAAGAAGACCAAGUGCAAAUGAAGUAAUAUCUACCUUACUCAAAAUCCAGUCAGAUGUACAAAACUAGAGAACUUGUGUACAAAAUGAAUAAGUGCUUAUAUGUUAUGUUCAGACAGGUCCCAACAGUGAACUUUUGUUUCUUAAAUGUAAAGUUAAAGACUUGGGUGUGGCCUCUA